GUUACAAUCAGCCUGUCAGUGAUCCAAUAAUACAAGAUGGACUCUAGCUGUAAGAAGCUCUAUCAUGAACAUGAUUUUGAUUCAAGGACAUUCCUUGAGAUGUAUUUUUCUGAUAGACCAGACAUGAUGUAUGAAGACAUGGCAAUGAAAUAUCCCAUGGAGAUGCUUCACAAUGUUUUCUGUACUGGGCACAUUAAAGGAGGCAUUUUAAUUGACUUCACAGCUGGACCCUUAAUUCAUCAUCUGUAUUCCGCCUGUGAAUUUUUCAGUGAUAUCUAUGUACUGAGGCUCAAUGAGCAAUGCGUUAUGGAGCUGAACAGAUGGCUGAACACACGUACAGGAGCGUUUCCUUGGGACCACACAACGGCUUAUGUUGCAAAUAUGGAAGGAAAGAGUGACCAGUGUGAGGAGAAAGACAUGAGGCUGAAGACGGCAAUAAAAGAAAUUCUGAAAUGUAACAUAGAAAACGAAAAUAUCGCAGACCCGGUGGUGCUGCCACAAGCCGACUGCGUCAUCAGUGUCUGGCUGCUUGAACUCAUCUGCAAAGAUAAGAACGAUUACAUCAGCCAUCUGAGGAAAAUGACAAAGUUACUGAAACCUGGAGGACACCUGCUAUUAAUUGGCGCUUUUAAUGCAACGUAUUACAUGGUUGGGCAGGAGAGGUACCACAUUUACAAAAAUGACGAGAACAGUGCAAAACAAAUUCUCAGGGAGGAAGGGUUUAUUAUUGAUCACUAUGAUGAAUUUAAAAACAAUGUAGUGAGUGACCUCACUGAUUCUGGGGGAAUUAUGUUCAUUGCAGCUCACAAAGAGAAAUAGAUCUGGGAAGUAAAUUAUACUGAGAAAUAGAUCAGAUCUUGCCAAAUUGUAAAACAAUGACAAAUCACAGUAAAGCCAUAAAUUAGCAAUGCAAUUAUAUGAUCAGUAUUUACAUUUUAUGUGACUUUAAAGAAUUCUAAUUUGUGAUCUUUGUGAUUUGGCUUCUAAUGGCUCAACAAGAAUCAUUCAUUCAGUGAACUCAAAUUUCUUCCUAAAACAAUAAAAUGUU